CAUGGCGGCGGAUGCUCUUGCCAACAUAAGCUCCAAGCUCGUUUCCUAGCCAUAGCUCUAGGUCACUGUUUAAAAGCCCAUGCCACUAAUUAUUCCCUGGAUAUCAUGACAAUAUAUCACAAAUGCGUAGUAUGGCAAAUAACUGGAUGAUACGUGUGCACGCUCAUUCUUCCAUUUUUCUUCGUACUGAUUGAUGAGGUCGCACUCCCAAAACGUGCGAAGAUCUCGCCCAGGAAUUAGGGACAGCCUCGACAUCUCCGAGUAUGAAUACCCCAACCUCAUAAGUUUGUCUUCCUCCUUGAACCAAAGCGUUGAUUCUUGUGGAGCCCUGUUUAAGUCUUGUCGUAUUCAACAACAGACAUCGACGGAACUGGCGGCUGCCGGAGUAGCAUUUGUCUCCAGCUUGCUUCUUUUCGGAGGAACACAUUCUCUCUUUUUGGUUCAAGUGGAGGUAAUUUGAGACUAACAGACGAGGUGGACACUCUCUUACGCCAGAAUUCGUGCC